AUGUCGUCGCAGCCGCCACCACCAGGCGUGACCGCGUCUCUCGCCACAGCCUCUUCCUCUGCCUCACCCUCUGCCUCUGCCUCUUCUUCUCCGGAUGCCCCUACGACAGCUUCGGCUUCUUCUGUCUCUGCCUCUGCCUCUGCCUCUGCGUCCCUUGCGUCUCCCGCCUCGCCUCGGCAGCUGUCGUCCUCUCCCCAUUCAUCCACCGCCAGCACCAGCGACACCAUCACCUACGCCACCUAUUACUCUGCCUCUUCCUCUUCUGCAGCAGCGGCGACUUACAGCCAUGAUCAACAACUGAGACUGCUUUCUCUGCCAUCACACGACGCUAUAGAUCCCACUGCCGCCAUUAGUCUCGGCCAUCGGCACCUCUCGUCUUCCCUGGAAGACACCAUCAACGCUUCCUUGCCAGCCUUUUCAGUUCCAGAGGCAAUCUCCUUGGCUGCCGAUCCCGACACAGCCAUGAUCUUCUCAGACUUUUACAAACGGGCUCGAUCUCCUUUGUCCAGGCUGCGCUCACAAAACUCUCAGUCCCAGCAUCCCUCGACAAACCCGCCCCCUUGGCUUUCUGCAGAGUACGAAGACCUCCUGAGUAAGGACAAGUACAGGCAAAAGGACGCUAUCAAGCGGUAUCUGGCUGCCAAGGUCAAGACCAGUUGGGACUUCCAAUGGUCCCCAUCCCGCAAGUCUGAAAAGAAACCCGCAGAGAAAUCGAGUGGCACACAUGAACAGAAGGACGCCUCUGUGCAGGAUGCUGAACCUGAGGCCAUCAGGGUCGAUUCCGCCAAAGAUAUGCGGGAUGAGGCGAAUCAAGAUGUCGAAAUCGCCGCAUCCAGCACUGACCUGAGUGAGGGUCCAUCAGACCACGAGGACAUUGACGACGACAACGACGACGACACGGAUUCAGUCUACAGCGUCAUCUCAGAGGAUCCCGUCCACUACCGCCCUCGUAUGGACUGGUACUCUGAUCUGUCCGAUGACGAGGCUGCCAUCACUUCUCUGGACAAGCUCCAGGCUACCGACACCGCCACGAGAAUCUCCAUUCUGGAGAAGCGAGCUCUACGCCGCAGAGCCGCCAGAGACGAAAUGACUUGGAACGAGGGACUGGCCUGUUUUGAGGCGCGGCGAAACGCCUGGACCGGUGCAAAGACGGUUCGCGUCCGCAGCAAGCCAGUACUCUCACCACCCGUUUCUCCUCGCUCACCUCGGCGCUUCUUCUUCCGUCGCUCCAUCUCGGGAUCCCCACCAUCGCCGACUCUGAUCAAUUCCACCUCGCUUGGGGAUAGCCAGUCGGGUGGGGUAUCCGACUCGUCGUCCAUUGCCAGGGACGAUAGAGACCUCAAAGCACAGAGCUCCAGAGACUCCGACCCCAUUGCUGAUCAUCUACUGCCUGUCCAGACGCUCCUCCCUAUUCCGCACCCCAUCCUACCGCCCAACAACUCUUUCCGAGCUUCCAUCACUCCUUCAAUCUAUCUCAGCCUGUACGACAAGGUCAUUCUCAACAACCUGCAGCCGUCGUGCCCCAUCAACCUUGCAGACAUGAUCCGCGCGUGCGUCACGGGAUGGAAGCGCGACGGCGAAUGGCCUCCUAAGCCGUCAGCUCCCGAACCCAUUGUCGUCACCAUGCGGCGCAAGAAGGCUAAGAAGGCGGCGGCGGCCAACGGGGGCUCCAUCAGCAUGACUGCUCGUAGACUGAGCUUUGGGCUACUGGGCCGCGAGAAGGAGGACGAACUCCACGCUGGCACGGGCAUCCGCAAGAGUAUUCAGAAGGUACUUGGCCUGGGGCCACAACCGGACGGUUCACACCAUUGA